CCUGGACAUGGUUGAACAUGUAAAACAUUUUUUAAACCUGGCUAUAUUUUUAAUCUUUGGUAAAGGUAAAUUAUUUUUUAAAGAAAAAAAAAAUGUUUAUUUCAUUUUUGUAAUAAAUUUACAAACAUACACACACACAUACACACAUACAUAUAUAUAUAUAUAUAUAUAUAUAAAUAUAUAAAUAUAUAUAUAUGUAUAUAUAUAUAUAUAUAUAUAUAUAUAUAUAUAUAUAUAUACACAUAUUAAAAAAAAAAAAAAUAUUUAUUUUAUUUUUAUAAAAUAUAUAAAAAAACACACACACACACACACACAUAUAUAUAUAUAUAUAUAUAUAUAUAUAUAUAAAUAUAUAUAUAUAUAUAUAUAUAUAUAUAUAUAUAUAUAUAUAUAUAUAUAUAUAUUUAUGUACGCAUAUUCAUAUGAUUGAACGUAUUUGUAUUAAUGAUUUUUACUUAUUAUUUAACUCUAAAACGUUUCAUAUAAAUUUAAUAUGCUAAAUUUAGAAAAUAAAUUUGCACAUUGUUAAUGAAAAAUUUUGUUUACAUAUUAUUGUAAAGGUAACACUACUUAUACACUUAUACAUAAAAUAUGAAUCCCAAUAAUACUUAAUUCAAUCUAAUCACACAAAUACUCAUUCAAUUUAUAACGUGUUUAAUUUUUUAACCAAUCUGAUUUCAAAACAAACCAAAAAUGAAUUUGAAUUAAAACGCUCGGUUGCUAAAGUGAUAAAUGUUAUUUUUUUUUAAUGAUUGUAAUAUAUAUUUGUUAUGACAUCCUUCGGUCUAAACGACACGAGGAUGUAGCUACGUAACCUUCAUCAAAUUUCUCACAGGGCCGAUCCUGAAAUGGCAGUAUCGGAUUCAUUUCUCACAGGAGUAAAUUGGCACCUGGUUAGAUUUGGCCCACCGCAUUUUUAUGUUUGUUGUAAGGUCUUCGUUUUGCUUAUCUUCUGCAUUUUUGACUCCUUCAUGCACUGCCCUUCGCCAGCUGGAAAAAUGCUCAGCAAUGAUUUCCCAUUCGUUUAUUUCUAUAUUGGCUUCCCUUACGUCCAUAAAUCGCAGCCGUGGCUGUCCAAUAAGUCUGCCCUUUCUGCCAAAGUCCCAGCUGAAUCUUUGGAAUACUGCCUUUCUCCAUUCUAUUUACAUGUCCUAACCAGCAAAGGUCUAUCACGUUCAUUCCGGUGAAUAUGAUACAAAAUUUUCACGUUCCAAACUUCUGUGUUAGUUCCCUAGUCCUGCCAUCGAAUGAAAAAAAUGAGACGCAGAAAUCUUUGCUGUUGCUUUAUGUAAUCCUGAUGUUCACCUCUUUGUCAAUGGAGAGAGAACUAGGCAUAUUAAUUCCGAGGUAAUGUUUAAACGCUCAGCAAUCAACAAAUUAUUGCCCUAAAUAGAUAUGAUAAGAGAGGAUGGUGUUUCUUGCAUCAUGACGUUUGUUUUCUGUAGACUACUUGACCGUCCAAACUCUUUACAUGCGUGUGAGAGGUGAUUACCUAGGCGCUAAAGACCGUUUUGCUUAUGCGAUGCUAAGGCGCCAUCUUUAGCGAAAUAAAGUACUACUAAUCAGUGCAUUUUUACCCUUUAUCUUUGCACGAAGGUGGGUGAUAUUGAAUAAUCUACGAUGAUUUCUGUCAUGGCUGUACACUCUGUCUUCAUAGACCUUGAAGUAAAUUUGGACAGGCAUCGAGAAGAAAAUGGAGAAGAGUGUUAGUGCCAAAAAGCAAACUUGUUUUAAAACAUUGCUGGCUGGAAAUGACUCAGAGACCUUGCCAUUGACGGUUACUAUGUUGUGCUUUGUCCUUGAAAAUACUAACUGAUUGUGAGCAGUCAUGGGGGAUAACCCAUUAUAUGCAAAAUACUGAAAAGACUCUCCGACUUACCAUGUCAAAACCUUGGUCAGAACUAUAAAAGACAAAUAAAGAGGCAUAUUCUGUUCAUGACAUUUAUCCUUCAAUAAUUUGCGUUACGAGAAUGUCAAGUUUGUAGUCGAACGGCCACUUCGGAAGCUACACGUGGACUCUGGGUAAAUGCAGUUUGCUAGAAUCUGCAAGCGUUUAAGGGCAAAAUGGGGCAAACGUCUUUCCAACUAAGCAAUGAAGAGAAAUUCCUUUAUAUUUAUUAUAAUCACUUCGGCCAGCUUUAUUUUGUACAGUGUUACGAUGUUUGCGUCUCUAGUGUACUGGGGAAUGUGACCUGUUUCCCAACACAGACAGAGGAGCGCAUGUAAGGGCUGAGGUCAUAUAGCUUUUCCAUUAUUCAGGACUUCUGGGGCAAUGCCGUCAAUUUCCUUCCCCAUCAGCAAGUUAAUCAAUUUCUUUUUUGAGCUUCUGCAAUGUUAUUUCUUCACCAAGUUCUUUCAUUAUUGACUAGACGGGAAUAUUAUUCAGAGCAUUCUCGGUUACUGUUCAUUGCUGCGCAAAGUUCAAGAUAAUGCUCCACGAACGCUGAAUUUGAUCGGUUGAUGACUUGACCUGUCUUGGAAUUGUUGGGUACUAUUUUUUGAAGUGUGUUUUCCUAAUUCCUUCUUGAUGACUUCGUAAAUGGUCCUUGCAUUCCCAUUUUCUGAAGCCAAGGGUAUUUAAUGAGGGUAUCCUGCAACUUUUUUGUGAACUGCUGGGCUGCGAUGUUUAUGGGUUCUUUGAAAAGUGGAGGUUAAUACCUAGUAAAAAAAAAAAUCAUUGUGCAAUAUUUUGAGCAUUAUUCGUAUUUUGUUUGUUAAUAGAGAAUGGUCAGUGUCGCAGACGCCAAUAUGGUAGCUGCGGGUGCGAAGUACACUGGCUAGAUCCACGCGUCUAGUGAUUAGCAGGUCUAGCUGAUAUCAUAGACGGGAACGUGGGUGUGGCCAUGGCACCUGAUGGAUUUUUUUGCACUUGAAAAGUGUGUUGUUAACACAGAAAACAUGGGACCAGAACAAUUCAAGAAGUCAUUCUUCGUUAUCAUUAAAUAUUACUAGACAGUGAUGACUAUUAUAAGAUUGCGAGGUUUCUUAUUCAGUUACCAACCUAGCAUUAAAGUCUCCAAAAAUUUUGAUUCAUUAUGCUGCUUUAGUAAAAUUCGUCUUUUAUAUGAUCACAAUUCUGUAGCUCGGUCAUUUCCAUUGGGUAAAUCGGAUAAAUAAUUUCUGUUUUGAAAGAAAAUUGUUCCGUUAAAGCUGUAACAGAUUUUGAUGAGUGUCCAACCUCAGGUGUUGUUGGAUGAGAUAAUGUGUCGCUUUCGAAUGAAAAUAGUUGUGUUCGUCCCCCGCACAACACAUCCUUCAUAGAGCCCGAAUGUUUGGAGUUUUUUUUUAUGGCUGUCCAGGUCCAUAUCAUUCACAGUAUCUAAUGUCUUAGAUAUACUUUUAUAGUCAUUUUGUGUUUUUAGUGCAGAAAGCUUAUUUUUUGUAACUUUAAAACUAUCAAAUAUCAAUUUGCAUAUUAUACUAGUGUUUAUAGACCUCACUUAUUCAAUCAUUCUUGUUCCUAAAAGCCUCUCUGUCCUAAAUAAACAUGUCUUCUCUUGACCCAUCUGGUUUUCUAAGAUAAAAAACAACACUUUUAAAAAAAAGUAUUCUUUCUCUACUACAUGUGAUUUGCAGACACAUGCUAUUAUUAAUUUGAUCACGAGCUUUUUUGCAUGUUCACGAGAACCGUGCAUACUUUUCUUUUCAGGGCAAUAUAUGUCAAUUUUUUUUUUUACUUCUGGGAGUAGGUACAAAAAUAAUUUGAAAAGAUAAAUAAUGUAAAACAAUGUUAUCUUUAAAUUCGUCUGUAGACUUAAGAAAGUUAAUUGCGCUUAUGUUUUAACCGAAAUAAUAUAUCUUUCAAAUCUAUAGAGUUUUUGAUGAAAAUGAUCAACACUGUUCGAUUAGGAAUCUUAUUGUUUAUUGCAAGUAUGUAUCCAUCAAAAUGUGAAUUGAGAGGUAUGUAGUUUAUAUAUAAUUCUUUCUGUAUUAAAACCGUAAUCCAAGUAGUUUUUUUGUAUGUAUUCCAACGGAAAAUUUCAUUUUAAGAUUUUAAAUUCACUUUUUUUUUGCCGGAAAUAAAAGUUGAGACUUAUGUAAAAUUAAUUAAAAAAAACAACUCAACUUUGUAUUAAAAUAAAACAGAAAUUAAACAUGCGUAACAGAAAUUAAACAUGAAUAUAUAAAAAGAAUUGCACUUCAAUAACUUGCCAUUUUCUGAAAGUUUAUUUUAAUAUUUAGUCUUAUGUCAUAGCACAAUUCAGAAAUCUUUAUAAAAUAUUUGUCUUAGUAGGUUAAGAAUGUGGACAAAAUCCAUGCAAUUAUUAAAGGAGAUAUUGUUUAUCUUCUUAUUCAAUUCUUAAAUAAAUUUGAAAUACAUUUUUUAAGUUCUAAACGUAAGUUUUAAUCAUAAUAUUCGUUUAUAGAGAUAUACUUAAGAAAAGACAAAUUUAAUGUAAACAUGAAAAGCAGCAACUACCAACAUUCAAAAAAGCAUAUUAUGAAUUUAUUAUGUGCAAAUAUUUUUGUUAUUUUAGCCAAUUUUACAACUAUAACUCGCUGUGAUCCUGCCCUAGAGAACAAACCCUAUAACCUUACAUUUAUUUGGAAAACGAAUAACACAAAAGUUAGAGUCAACGUUGAAAGUCAUGACUCAACUAUUGGAUUUUGUGAAAUGAGAACAGUAAGAUGUGUGUCAAUACUCCCUGGUCUAGCUAAAAUAUAUUUAACAAACAUUUCUGACAUGUAUAACCUUACGGUAACAAUAAAGAACAUGUCUCGUGAUCCGGGUUUUACAUACGAAGGCUGCUGGACAUUAAGGUACAAUUCGUCACUAAAAGAGUUCUUGUCUUGCACGAUGAAAGUAUAUUGUGAGUAUCUUUUUGUUUAAUUAUAAUAAAGCACUAAAACCAUUGUGAUACCUUAAUAGCUAUUUAACCAUAUUUUUCAAACAAAGUUAUAAUAUAAUUUGGUGUUAUUUUCAAUAAUAUCAACAUUUUAGUCAAACAUGAUGGUAUGGAUCUUCAUUAAUAUAUUAUAAAGAUAAAUCAGGGUAGGUCAUAUUAAUGGAUCAUCAUAACUUCUUAAUUAUUUUGCGCAGCGUUACCAAUAGCAUAGGAAUGUGAAUAACAUAUUGACGUAAUAAUUGUCUUUCGCUGUUAUUUGAGCUUCAUUGAAAUAUACGGUAUCGGUAUGUCCUCAAAUAUUUUUUAAGAUUUCCCAGGAAAGUGGUUGGUAUGGAAGAGAGCAUUGCAUACGGUUGGACGGAGGCGUAGACCUCUAAUGAAGAAGAUUGUUAGCCUGAGGGGAAGAGAUGGGUUGAUUUCCAGUCUUUUGAUCCGAACAUUGAACAUUUUUUUUUGGUAGAUUGGUUUGUAAAGAUUUUAGCUUUCUUUUGAAACUAUGAUUUUAAAGGGAAUUGUGAUAAUGACAUAUUUUUUUAUAGUGCUUAGCAUAUAGAUAGAGUAUUUAAUGGUUGUAGUAGUAGGUUUGAAAGCCUGGGAUGAGAUAAAGAAAACUAAGAGACAAACAAAAUAAAUAUAUACAUUCGGAACCGCACAAUGAUAACCAUACUAUUGAAAAACUAUGUUGCAAUGAUUCAUUUUACAAUGAUAAAUUCUCUGCAGUUAAUGGUAGCAUGUAAUUUUUCAAACUUAAAUAUUUUUUUCAAAUUAUAUUUUAGUGUGUAUUUCGAUGUGAUAUAUUCUUACUUCAGUGAAAACUACAAAUUUUACAUUGUUACAUCAAGUUUCUAUAAAACAUAAAUUUCCUCAACAUUUUUUUUUUGCUUUGUGUGUAUAUAUAUAUAUAUAUAUAUAUAAAUAUUAAGCAAAUAUAAAUACACUUGCUAAAUCAAUAAGGCAUUUAUCAUCAAUUAGACAAUAUUGAAAUUGCAUUCUUGUUAAUUUAAGCUAUGCCACUCAAAAUGACUUGCGAAAGCUAUACGGUAAAUGGUGCUGUAAAACUGAAUUGUUCAACUCAAAUGAUUUACCCUGAAGCAAAAUGCCAAUUGCUCACCAAUGAUAUUGAGGUAAACACAUACUUUUAAUGAUAACAACUAUGAAUGUGUGUUUCUUAGUUUUGUCUUUUAAAUAUAUUUAUGUAUGUUUAAUACUUAAAUGAAUAAUAAAAUAUUUGUCGUAAUUUUGUUAAAUAAACGUCACUAUGGUAUAAUUAAAAUUGUGUCUAUAAAGUGUGCAAAAAACAAAAAAAAAAAAACUAACAAACUCCGUCUGAUUAUUGUUAACCUUAAUAUUUUAAUGACGUUGAAUUUCUUCUACUUUUGAUAAUAUUUUUUUAAAAAUUAAAUCAUAUUAAUUAGUAUGGGCAUUGUGUGAGAAUAACAACAAAAGAAAUUGGAAAAAAAAACGUUGGCAGCCAAAUAUUUGUGUGGACUAAAACAAUAUAGUCAACAAUGAAUAAAAUCACAACUUAUCUUAGUAGGACUAGACCAGAAGAUAUACACAUGGGACAUAAAGCUUUUUUUAAGGUACCGUUUGGCAAAGUCUAAGAAUUUUAAGAAUAAGGUUAACAGGAAAUAUUAAAUUUUGAAGUAAAUAUUUGUUUUUAAAUUUGGAAAACCAGAUCACUGGUAAAAAAAGUAUUUAAAACUGAUCAUACAUGGCCAAAUUCUGAUGGAGACGAAACCUAACCUCUUUUAUAUUUUUGCUUAUACCAAAAACUAUUUAGUAGUAUAAAGUCUGGAGUGCCCCAAGGAGCUUAUAUAUCAGCUAGAAAAGCAUAUAUGACUAUUUGUAUAACAUUUCUGUUGGCAUAAUUGUUAAAUUCUGAUAGGCUUCUUUCAAUCUUAGACUGUUGAAGACGUUUAAAUCCAGAUCAUAACUCAUGUGCUGUUUAUAUCAUGAUUCGAACCAGUAAAAAUAAUUAGAAAUCUGCAAUCAGUGUAAUUAUAUUAUUUAAUAAGAAAAAUAAGUCUUAAAUAAAACAGUUUACUAGUUUUCAUUUCUGUAAUUAUUUCAAUAAUCACAAUAAACAGGACUGUUUUUAAAGUAAUUGGGGAAUAAAGGAAUAUCUACAUCAUGGUGACUGGAACCAUUACCAACAUCCGCAAAGGGGUAAAACUAUUUAAUAGUAACUUGAGGGGCAAAUCCUUAGUGCUAAUCAUUAGCUACUUUAACCGCAUAAAGAUGUAAAAAAUCAUUGAAUGAUUUGUUUCAUUUAUAAGAACAAUAUAAAGUACAUGAAUCAAAGUUGAAUAUGUUAAGAAAAAGUAUGUGCCAGAAACUAUUCGCAAUUCCGAUUAAUACGUUUAAUUUUUAAGCAUAUAUUCAUAAUAAGAACCUAAAGUACCUUGAUUACACCAAGAUGGCAGAUCAAUGCUCCCUGGCAGUUACCUUUGCAAACAAAAUAUAACUUUAGCUUCGUCAGGAAUAAGAUGGCCAGUGGUACGUUAGCAAGAUAUAGGCAUGUGACUAUACCAUCGCAAAGAUUAGCAGAGCAAAUCGUAUGCAUCAGCGGUUCUCAACCUGUGGGUCGCGACAAUUCCCAAGGGUCGCCUAAGACCAUCAGAAAACACAUAUACUCUACAGUUAUGACGUAUCAACGAAAUUAACUUUGCGGUCGGGGGUCGUCACAACCACGGGAACUAUAUUAAAGUGUCGCGGGAUUAGGAAGGUUGAGAGCCACUGGUAUACAUGUGUUUUAAAUGCCUUUGAACGUCCUGGUAGACAGGUCAAAAGUAUCUUUUUUUGGCUGCUAUGUUUUAAUUUCAAUUUAUAUAAUGUAAGUAUUUUCUUAUUUUUCUUCACAAAAAUAGAUGAACAAGGUUAUUUCGAAACUUCCUGUAAGCUACAAACACAUCAUCGUGACAGGACGGGUACAUUAUUAUCAAAGUUCAUGUGAAGUAUCUCUACCUUUGAGCAGCUUCAGAAAUGAAACAUACAAAGUGUCAGUUACUAUGUAUCCAAAUGGAAGUGAUACAGAUCGCCACUUUGGAACCACUAUUACAUCUGAGAUAGAAUUGGGUAGUUCUAAUUUAUUGCUCAUAAAUGAUGUUUUCUGUUUAACUGGUGGCCGCAAAUAAUAUUAUUUUGUGCAUGGGCUCACUUUAUAUCCAUCCCUGUGGCGCUACAGCCCAUUUAGGGCUUUGGCCUGCCUCACUACUUCCUUCCACUCAGACCCAACUAAUGCCUUUCUUUUCCAUGCUUGGACUUUCAGCUGCUGUAGAUCUUUUUCCACAUCAUCUAUCCACCAAAGCCUAGGUCUGCCUUUGAGCCUUUUUCCUCUGGGGUAUUGGUGAUGUAACCUCUUCGUUCCUCUGUCAUUUGGCAUUCUCUCUAGGUGUCCUGCCCAGCGUAGCCUGCCUAUUUUUAUUUCUGCUACUAAUGUGGGAUCCUGAUAUAGACUGUAUAAUUCCUGGUUGGUUCGUAUUAUCCAUCCAAAUUCAUCCUUUGUUGGCCCAAAUAUUUUCCUGAAAUCUUUCCUCUCCCAUGUGUUUAAUAGAUUUUCUGCUGUUUUUGUUAGGGUCCAAGUUUAACUUGCAUAUGUUACAACUGGUCUGAUCACAGUUAUAUAAAUAGUUUUCCUUGUUUCUCUUGUAAUGUUUUUACUUUAGAGUAUUUUCUGACUACUGAUGUAUGCCCUGUUUCCGACUGAUAUUCUUUCUUUUAUUUCUGUUAGUAAUUCGUUUCUUUCAUUUAACAAAGAUCCUAGGUAUUUGAAUUAAUUUACUUUUUCAAAAGUUUUGCUUCUAAUUUUAAUUGUUUCAGCUGUUUGUUCCUCUCUUAUCAUGGUCAUGUAUUUUGUUUUUUGGUUGUUAACUUCCAGCCCUGCUUGUAAAGAUGCGUCUUCUAAUUCAAUAAAUGAUUUUGAUAUGUCUUUUAUACUUUUCCCUAGAAGUGCUAUGUCAUCAGCAUAUGCAAGAUACUGAAGUGGUUGGUUGUGUGCCCGUUUGUUGUGGGUCUUGAGUUUCCCUCAGAAAGUAUCCCAUUAUCGUUCCUCGAGUGUCAAUGUGUAUGUUCUAAUAACUCUCUCCAAUGUUAGGUUAAAGAGCAUACAAGACAGUGUGCCUCCCUGUCUUAGGCCUCGUCUAAUUUGAAAUUCCCUUGAAUAUUCUCCUUCAAUCUUCAUUUUGCUUUUUGAGUUGUUUAGUGUUACAUUUAUUAGCCUUGUCAGUUUGUUGGGUAUCCCAAACUCCUGUAGAGUCUCAUAUAAAUGCUGUCAUAGGCCAUUUUAUAGUCGACAUAGAGUUGAUGUACUGGUAUAUUAAAUUCAUAGCAUUUCUCUAAUAGGCGAAUGGUGAAAAUCUGAUUAGUCGUUGAUCUGUUAGGCCUGAAUCCGCAUUGGUAAUCACCUAGUAUUUCUUCAGUGUAAGGUUGUAGUCUUUUGGCAAUAAGUCUCGUCAGUAUUUUGUUUGUAACAUUUAAUAGGGCGAUAUCUCUGUAGUUUGUGCACUGAAGUUUGGAGCCUUUCUUGUGUAUUGGGGUUAUUAAUGCUGUUUCCCAUUCUGUCGGGAUUUUCUCCUCUUGCCAAAUUUUAGUUUUAAGUGUAUGUAUCCGAUUGUGUAGUUCUUUUCCUCCAUAUUUAAUCAGUUCUGCUGUGAUAAGGUCUUGUCCGGGGGCUUUGUGAUUUUUCAUAUAAUUAAUUACCUCUUUGGUUUCUUCUAGGGUGGGAAUUGUAUAAACGGGUCUGGUCCUCCCUGUGGGAGUUGAUAAUCUUCUUUUUAUCCAUUGUCUGCAUUCAGUAUGUCCUCAAAAUAUUCAGCCCACCUCUCAAAUACUACUAUUUUCCGUGAUUAAUUUUCCAUUGUGGCUCUCACACAAUUGCGGUCUGGCUUGGUAUCCAUUUUUUUCAUCUUUUAUCUUCAAGUACAUUCCUCUUAUAUUUCCCUCUCUUGAUAAAUCUUCUAUUUCCUUUGUUUAUCCUUUUCCCAUUCCCUCUUUUUCUUCCUAUACAUUUUUGUUGCUUUCCUUCUGGCUUCCUUGUAUGCUUGUAUUGUCUUUCUCGUUUUUCUUUGUAACAUGAUCAUUCGUGCUUUGUUUCUUUCUUCCACAGUCUCUCUGCAUUCAUUGUCGUACCAGCCUACUCUAUUGUUGGCUUGCUGAAAUCCCACUACUUUUUCUGCUGAUCUUUUAAUGGCAUCUUUAUCCUAUCCCACUGAUCAUUUAUGUUGUUUUCCCCAUUUCCCCCGUUUAUUUAGUUGUGCGAUGCUUCUAAUUGUGCUUCUACUUUACUCUGGUAAGCUUUUGCAGCUAAUGGGUCUUUGGGCAGCUUUUGGUAAUCGUAUCUUUUCUCUCUUUUACUACGACCAUUGUGAACUAAGCUUAUCCUCUGCCAAUAUUUCACCCUUACAAGUAGAUGGUCCGAGUCCACAUCUGCUCCUCUAAGGCUUCUCACAUCUAAUAUAUCUGAUCCAUGUCUUCGAUCUAUUGAAACGUGAUCGAUUUGAUUGCUGGUGAUUCCAUCUGGUGAGUUCCACGUUGCUUUAUGUAUAUUUUUGUGCGGAAACUUGGUGCUGCUAACUGACAUCCCUUUUCCUACCGCGAAGUCUAUGAGUCGGAUCCCAUUGUCACUGGAUUCUUCGUGCAGACUUUCCUUGCCAAUACUUGGCAAGAACACCUUUUCUUUUCCUAUUUUGGCAUUGAAGUCUCCAAUCACGAUUUUAAUGUCAUGUCGUGGUGCCUUUUCGUAGAUCUUUCCCAGUGUGUCAUAGAAGGAUUCUUUAUCCUGAUCUUCCGUGUCUUCCUUUGGAGCAUGUACAUUUAUUAGUGUUGUAUUGAACAUUUUUCCUCGCUCACGCAAAGAACACAAUCUUUAGUUCUCUGGUUUGAAGCCUAUGACUGCACUGACCACUUCUUUUUUCGCUGCAAAUCCUGUUCCUAGUGUGUUGGUGUUGCUACCACUAUAAAAUAUGGUGUAUUCUUUUGUCUUGAGGAUGUCUGAAUUUUUCUAUCGAAUUUCUUGCAAUGCAGCUAUAGAUAUUUUAAAUUUGACAAUCUGAUUUACAAGGUUGGCUAAGGCUCCUGCUCUAAACAGGCUUAGUACAUUCCAAGUUGCAAUCCAAAAAUCAUGUUAAUAUCCAUGCAUAGGUCGAUUUCCAUUGGUAUCAGUCCGGGUAUUGUUCAGUUGCUUGGCUUUCGUAAAGUUGUUUUUUUUUUUACGUGGCUGAGUUGUUAACCCUGCGCACAACCGUCUAGGGGGUUGCCACUUACAGCUCUCUGGAUAGCUGCCUUAGUUUUUGCAUUGGGUUCGCUAGCCUUUGUGGAUCCCUCCACUUCCUACAAGGCAAUAGGUUUUGAUUUUUUUCCACUCCAGGUAUUUUAUUUCCCUGGUACCCUCCAUAUGUGGUGGGCUUUCCCCUAUCCGCCACCUGGGGAGGCGCUCGAUGAAAGAUCAGUAACUCCGCACGUGGGUUCACUUUAUACAUAAUUUUAAAUAUAUUUAUAUCAAGAAUACAAGUAUGACUUUUUUGGAUUAUUUUUUAAUAUGUAUAACAAAAUUUAUCAAAAUAUUUUAAGAUAAAUGUAUGUUUCUAUAAUUUUUCUCUCUAGGACAUCCAAUUGUGAAUUUGACAGAUUGUCCUCCGAUUAUUGAAGUAGGAACAAGCGUAACUUGCACAUGUGCACAUUCUAAUUUCAGCGUUAGAAAUGAUUUAAUUGUUUGGUUAGAUGAAAAUCAACAACCUAUACUACCUACUUCAAAUAUCGUUCAUUUCAACGUUUCUCAAAAUGCAAUUUGUAAGUAACUAUAAUACGAAACAUAUUCAAUUGUUAAAAAGUAAAAUGUCAUACAAUUUUUUAAAAUGUAAUUGAUAGAAUGGUAUUAGUUGUCAUUUUUGUUUUUAUCAAUUGAUAAAUCCUAAAAAAAUUAAACUUUUAAAGUAUAAUUUAAAAAAAAAAAUAGUUUAAAGACGAUAACAAAUACGAAUGUUUAAAAUCGAUUUUUUUGAAAAUCAGUAAUAUUUUAAUUUAUUAUAAUAAUAAUAUAAAUAUUAAUAAAAUAUAACAAUAUGUUUAUAACCUUAAAUAAUUUCUGAACGUUUUAAUUGCCCUUUGAUCUUCAAAUAAAUGUUAAAUCCAUUCAGAUAAUAUUAUUAGGAUACAUGAUUGUCAUUUGCACCUAGCAUUUUAAUGUAUACGUAUCAAUGAAGCUUAGUUUACAAUUAAUAUAUUAGUACUCAAAGCUAUUUUUAAAAAGAUAUUCUUAAAAAAUAUACAGAUAUAUAUGAGUAUUAUGUUUUUAUUACUUGUAAAAUGUGUUUAUACCGUCAGUUUAUUAAGUUUGGUGUUUUUAAGAUAUGUUUAAGAAAAUUUUCCAAUUCAACGUAUCUCUGUGUAUUAAUCCACAGCUUACUAUUGUGUUGUAAAAAAUGUAUCAGGGAGUAUCAUUUCUAAAGUUCUUUAUAGACCCAAUAUUAUCGGUAGGUUUAUUUUCAUUGUAUCGCUUUAAACUUUCAUACUCUAUUUUUUAAAUUUAUUACAGUUAUCAUGUUUUUAUUUUAUUGUAUACGAAGUUAAUGUAUAACUUUUUUGUGAGGAUAUUCCAAUUUUUUAGCAUGCAUAUUUUAAAAUACAUAAUUAUAAAGUAAAUAUUGCUUUUAUUUCAAUACCUUAAAUUCCAUAAAAUUGAUGAAAAACAGUUUUUAUUCCUUUUUGUUGCAGUUAGACCUUACAAUUUAACUUGUCAUAAAGGACCUCUUGCGGACGAUAAAGUGAUUAUUUCAUGUACUGCUUUAGGUGUUUACCCAGACCCAAAAUGCAAGUUCAUUGCCUACGACAAUACAGUACGUGAUUUUUUUAAAGUAUUAAAAUAAAAACAAAACAAAAAAAUCAAAAUAGUAUCCUUUUAGGAACAUGUGGUUGCAAGCAUCUCUUAAAUUUCAGUUAAUGUAUAUUGGCCUGUGUUGCUUAUGGUUGAAACGUGUUGAAAGACUUUGACUUGGUAAGCUCGUAUGUGGUUUCAUAUUGUUGCGUCUGUUUUUUAAAUGUGGUAAAUUUUAGCUUGUUUUUAUUUCUCUUUUUAAUAUGGUUGACUUUUGGGGAUGAAGCGUGCUUUUCAAAUAAACAUUUUUAUUAUUAUUAUUAUUAAAAUCAAUUUUAAGUAAUAACAAUUAUUCUUUCAAAAGAAGUAUUGAUAUCUUUGAGGUGUUUAUUAUAAUAUUAAGAUAAUUAGUAAAUAUUAAUUUGCUUGUAAUCACAAUCAGUCAUUUGUGUGCAAAAUAGGUGUAUAGUAAUAAUAAAAGAAAUAGAAUUUAUUUGAAAAAGACCACAAUAUUUAAACAAAAAAUUAAAAAUUAAAAAACUGUCAAUAAUUUAGCAUAUUUAAAAACAAUAUGCCACACUAUAAAAACAAAUACGAGCAUAACCAGUCAAAGUCUUUUAUCACUUUCAACCUAAAGCAACACAAGCAAAUAUAAAUUUACUAUAGAAAGAUGGUAGACAAACAUCACCCAGAAAGUGUUUGUGAAAUAGAUGUGUUUUAAAUCGGUUUUAAAGGACUCAAGUGUCUGGCUGUUUCUGAGUGCGACAUUAAGGGCGCUCCAAAUUGUUGCGCCAGCAAAUGCGAAAGUGCGCUUUCCGUAAGUCUCAAGGCGAACUCGCGUUAUCGAUAUUUGCCCCUAUCAGAUGAGCGGAGCUGUCGUUUGGGUACAAAAGGCUUCAUGAGUGCUUUGAGAUAAGAUGGCGCUAGGUCAUGUAAGCAGCCGUAGCACAAAGUUGCAAUUUUGUACUCCAUCCAAGCGUGGACCUGCAGCCAUGCAACUUUGCAGAGGUGAUUUAGCAUGGUCGAAUUUGCGUUUGCGAAGAACAGUGCGAGCCGCAGAUCUCUGUGCAAUUUGAAUUUUAUUUCAGGAGCGUAGCUGGAACACCAACCAAGAGAUUAUUGCAGCAGUCAAUGCAUGAUAGCAUGCAUGCAGACAUCAGCCUCUUUGAUGUGUCGAAUGCUAAGCAAUGUCUGAAAUGACUAAGCUCUAGAAAAAUCCACUUGCAAAGCAUGUUUAUGUGAUUUUCCAAAGUUAGUGGUCUGUGUACGUAGACACCCAGGUUACGCACUGUUGAGCAAACUCAACCCCAACACCUGAGAGAGUAAGUCAUGUUGGGUUAUUUACCACUUCUGAGCGGUGGACAUUGGGGAUCAGCUCAGUCGUUUCAUCAUUCAAUUUGAGCUUGUUUAUAAUCAUCCAGUGCUUAACUGACUCCAAUGACAAAAAUUGUUUGAAAUAAGAGAGCUUCUUUCCUUGGAAAUUUAUAAUCGUUCCUUCUUUUCAUAAUAAAAGCUCCCAUACAUAUCUUAUAAAAAAACUGAAUGACUGCCACCCGGGCUAAGAUACGUUACGUAACAACCUACAGUUACUCCACCAUUUAUUUACAUAUCCUGACAUACGUUAAAACAACAAUAUAAUGAGCAUCGCUGGCUACGAAUCUAUUUAAAUUGUGUGUUUCUGAGAAAAUAGCUUAGAGGUCAAUUUUAGUUAGUUAAGAAUUUUUGUUUAAAAAUGAUUCAACCAUUUUGAGACGUUAAGAAGAGAAAAAUAUUGUUCCACUGAUUGAGAAUAUCCAUUAAAACCGGUUAAUUAUGUUGAUCAUUUUUAAAUUCAGAAAUUGAUCCAAAAAAAAAUUUGAUUGUAGACACACACACACACACAAACACACGCACAAUUCAGUGUGUCUAUAUUACAUCUAAAUACAAUAAGCUUGUUCCAUGGUGGAGUUCUUUAAAAUGGUAUGACAACCCCAUUAAAAAUGUAGCUGUUUAUUUGAAAACGUUUAUUUCUUUCAUUAUAUCGAAUAUUAAACAUUAGAUACAUUUAACAUGCAUAUUUUUGAACGGCCAGAAUCUUGAAAACAUUUUUAGAUCUAAAUUUUUAAUCAUGCAUUUGUUUGUUUUUUUUAAAGUGUCGUCUUUGAGCUCAAUAUAUGCAUACAGGCUCUGUAACUAGAACAUAAUUUCCUAGCCAAAUCCUGUACUAGCCUUAGAUUUUUUAAAUAUUUUGUUUCAGAAAAUAUGAAAUCAAUGACAGAUGAAUUAUAUUUUGAAAACAAAAAUUGACCAUCUGAUUGUAAAUAAGGUUGGGUCUAUUCCUAUAUUUUUUUCUUAAAAAAUCCCGUUAUUGUUCCUUUGUUCCUCACAGUACUGUAUAUAAUAACUUAAUUUAUACACAGGGAGAAAUACAGCUUCAAAAUGAAACUGCCGCAAGUCAAAAUAAACUUCAAUUAGGAAAAGUGAUUCAGUACAAAUGUGCAUUGGAUAUUUCCAAAUUAGUUAUGCAACAAGACCUACGCGUAGUUGUAAUCAUGUAUCCCUAUAUCACUGGAAUAGAAACAGAAGUUUUUAUAUUGGGAGAAAAUGUUACUGUUUUACAAGGUAAGUGAAAACAAGACUUUGAAUUUUGUAUCUAACUCUUAUGCUCUACGAAUGCUCUAUUUUAGGGCUGUAUUUCAUCUAAAAGGAAAUUUAGAAAAAAAAUGUGGAGAAUAUUAUACAAAAUAGAAUGUAUUAACAAAAUCCUUUUUUUUAAUAUUAUUUUCCCUCCAAAUUAUCUCACUCUCUCUCCCUCACUAUUUAUCGCCAUCGUUAUCUUCUACUCUCUCUUUAAGUCACCACACUUUUUAUAAAGUUUAAAAAAAAAAAAAAAUCUUUAUUUUUAAAGAUAGAUGUGAACCAGUUUGUCUAAAGGAAGAGCUUCUUAAAUUACUUUGCAUUGUUAUUGGAACAAUCAGCCCAAUAAUAUUGAUAUCAUUAGUGGUGCUCUUUGUCUUAAACAAGAAAGGUAAUUAUAUCAUAGUUUAUUAUUAUUUUAAAGUUUAUGAAUGAUGAGAAUUAACACUUUUUAACGAUAUCUUCAACUUUAUAAAACUUUCAUACAAAAUUACCUCCUUGUUUGCAAAUUAAGAAAUGGUCGUCAUCUUCUUGUUUAUGACGUCAACUCUAAUUAUAUUUUCUUUUUUUAUUCUAAGAAAAUGUUUUUUCAUUUUUCAACCUUUAAUUAAACAUUAAAUUUGAAAAAAAAAAAAUUAAAUUCAACUAUAAGCAAGCGUUGUGCUUUUUAAAAUAAUAUUGUGUUUUGAAUAAGAGAAAGAGUAGGCACAACGAUUUACAUAUGUGUUUUUAUCUAUCCAAAAAAGCUAACCGACUUUGAACAUUUUCUUGCAUGUUUUCUCAUAAAAAGCGCAAAUUUCAACGAGCCCAAUAUGAAAACUGGAAAGAAACAAUAUAAAUAAAUAUUUUUAUAUGUGAAUAUAUAUGAUUAAAAUAUAUGACCAUAUCAAUAUUUUAAAAUAAAACGUGUAAAGCUUCAUAUUGAGCAAAAAACAACAUGGUACAUAUUUGAUAUUCUACUAAUUGAUAUUUUAAAGACAAAUCCGUUGGCUUGAGUAUGUUACCAAAAUAUAGAAUGAAGAAUAGCUCAAGCAAAAAAAGGUCUAGCUUCAUUUUGUGGCAUAAUAUUUAUGAUUGAAUGCAAUAAAAAAAGAUCAAUUAAAAAAAAAAAUUAAAUUCAAGAUAUUUUGCUGAACAUGUAAUCGGUACAAAAAAUAAAAUUAAUUAUUAUUAAUAAUUCAUAUAAAAUACUUAUACAUAGUUUACCAAAUUUGCCAUUUUAAGUCAAAGUACACACUCUUCAUUAACAUUAUUUUAAUAUUUUCAUGACCGACAAUUAAUAUACUCAAAAUACUUGUACAACUAAAUCAGUCAAGCUUUUUAAAAAAAACAAUUGUGCAUGCAUUUAAGAGUAUAAAUUUUAAUACAAUUUGGGUUAGACUUAAAUGUUAUUUUACAUGUGAACGUAAUAUAUUUAAUUUUUAAGGAAUUUUACGUAAAGUUUGGAAACGUAUUCAAGACAAGUCAAACGGAGAGCAUCAGGAAGAAACGGCUUCUAAAAAAAAGGAUAUGGAAAUGACAGAAAAGAGACCCUUGAACGAAAGAAAUGAUGAUAAGGAGGUUGUAUAAUCCUAAAAGGUUACUUUAAAUAAACAUACUACACUUUAAAAAAAUGUGUAUUUUUUCAAAAUUUUCCAAAUUAAAAAAACAAAAAUUGGAAUAAAAAAUCAAUCCAUGUCAUGCAUCUUGAAAUUAUGAUAGAAACUCAUUCGCAAAAAAAUUGUACCUAAAAAUUCUACAUAUUUCCUUUAGAUGAAGCCUUAAUCAAGCAACCCCUAAAAAUGAAGCUUUUUCGUUUAAAUACUUUAAAAAUGGUAUAUAGCAAUGUGUGGGGGCCGUUAAAAAACUUGACAACCAUGCAUACAACAAUCUCCCGUUCAUAAAAAUCUCAGAUAUUGACCCCCCCCCCCAUUCCCAUUCACAAAAGACUCGUAAUGGCAUAUUUUUAUCAAUCCCCUGAACGCGUAAUCAAUAUUCUAAUGACACCACCCUCUUUCAGACAUCAGAUUAUUUUCCCCAACUAUUUGAGAAUAACAAAAGAAUAUAUUACGCUAAAAAUUAAAUUGAGUGUUUUGUUUAUAAGUAAUGUGUCUGUGUGCUAAACUUCGAAAUUUGUUAGCCACGCGAACAUUAGUGAAGUACAAAAAAUGGAUUUAAAAAAGCUAUUGGACUUCUUUUUUUACCUUCAAUUUUAUAUAUUAUUAAAUUGAUGAAUAUAAAAUGUGUACACAUCUUUUGUUUUAGAACAUUUUAUGCGCCCGUACAAUAAACUCUCAAAUGUCAGAGCAACACCCCCAACCCAUUACAAAAAAAAAAAAGAAACAUCCAUUAACCAUUAUUACCUGACUUACACUUAAUUGAUUUCAAGUCAACAUCGUCAAGUGCUAAAUUGUAAUGUUAACAACAACCCAACCUUUUCAAAAUACUAAGACAAGUUGUUGAUUUUGGUAAAUAUAAUUGUAGCUAUGACAUUGACGAAGGAAUGUAAGGGUUGGAGAAGCGGGUCCUCCAUGGGCUGCACUUACAUGGAGGGGUUUGACAUGACAGUGGGCGGCUAAAACAUUCGACCAACCGACCAACCCGUUUGGGGGAUGUAAUAACCUUAGCUAUGCCAAAGCUCAGUGAUAAAAGAAAUGGAGGGGAGUGUGUAAUGUUAAAAAAAGUGAUAUUUUUUCAAGUUUACCACAUUUAUAUUUUUCAUAUGUGUAAAUACAAAUAUAUACAGUUUUAUCCUUUAAUCGUGACUUAUAAGGCCUAAAUGAAAAACGACUCAAUUCGUUGUUCUUCAAGUUGCAUUAAGGCCCUGUUUUUCAUCCCAAUAAUUAAAGGAGAGAAGAAAUAAAAUAUUUUAGGGUUUCAGUUGUGACGUGGGGGUAAAAUGAAAACUUUGGAAGCUGUGCCAUAAAUGUUUUCAAAUGUGUGUCCUUGGUCCACCUACUUUUUUAACGCUAGUGAUGCUUUUUGGUUAAUGACAAAAAAAUUAUAUGAUUAAAUCACGAACUAAGUCACAUAAAGAGCCAGUAUGUUGGUGAAAAUACAAAUUUUUGAAUUAUUUUCUUAUCAGACCUUAAAAAUAAUAAUUAAAUGUUAUGGAUUUUGAAGAUUUUUAUUUCAUUAUCGAAGUUUCCUAUAUUAGAGAUAUUAGAGGGUCCAGAAUUUCAGGACAAUUAUUAGAUAUACUCAUUUUCUGCAGAUCCCCGCACAUCGAACCAGUGCUUUAUUAAAAAAAAAAACAUUUAAAAAAAAAAUAAAACAAUUUAAAUAUCCGCCGUACAUUCAAAGCAAUGACUGAAAAUAUAACAAACUGAUUUAGAAGUUUACAUCUAGUGACGCUUUGCUCUUAUUUAUCAUGAUUAUACUUCCUUGCGUUUCGAAAUGUAACUUUCCGUCCGCGCCUAAGGACGUCCGCAACCCGAGCGGCGGGGCUGGGGAAAAGCGUUAGCCACAUGCGGACAAAAAAGGUAAAGAAUGAUUGAAUAAGCUAGCAUUUGUUCUAUUACAUUUAUCAUAAAAUUCAAAAAAUAAAUGCAUGUUUCAUCCAAGACAAACAAAUAUUAAAAAGGCAAUGUCAAACCAUAAUAAUCAAUCUAUGAUGGUAAGCCAGAUACAACCGUUUACAUGAAUUACUCACGGCUUCUUAAAGACACUCCCCCGCCCCUAAACCACUUAAAAAAUUAUUAUUUUUUGUUUACAUUUUUGAUACGUUUAAUAAAUUAUUUUAUGUUUAUUGUGUUAAAAAUUCAAUGUCCAACUUUAAAUUCAAUAAAAAUUCAUGUAUGGUUCCAGUAAUUUAUUACAUAAUAUUAUUUAGCUAAUAAUUUACAAUAAUGUUAAAUUGUAAAAAAAAAAAAAAAAUUUUUGCAUAGAUACUGUU